AUGCCAGUAACGAGAAGCCAGAAAGGCAAAAUGGAACCAUUACGUCCACCUACUACAACAAGUGAGGAAACAGGCACAACACAUAGAACUCCUACAAGUCGAGGAGCUACAAGUGGAACUGAGGACUCCACAAACACAAGCAUGCAAACUGGAACGCGAGAACAAGCACUACCGGGAAGCACGAUGACAUUAGUUCCAAUGGAACCGAGAGAUAGCGAGCCUACGCAGACAACGCGCUCCCCAUCUAGGAGCAAGAGAGCAGGAACAAGCAAGUCAGUGAAAACAAGAAGGAAACUUCAAUUGGAAAAAGAAAUUGCGGAACUCAAAUUGGAACAAAUAAAAGCAGAAACCGCGAAAAGGGAAGCAGAGGCGAAACUUCUUGAGGAAGAAUCUGAUUCCGACCUAGAGGAACCAGAGGACAGGGCGGAUCGUGUACGAAGUUGGAUGGCUGGCACACAAGACAACGCGUCAUGUAUGGAAGUUCCAUUCAACAGAAAUGAAGAUCUACCAAUGAACAACCUCGCUUCAGCUAUAGCAGCGGCAUUCGAAAAAGCUACUUCGAAACACAAACCGUUGCCACCGAAGUACAUGUUUGAGUUACCAACAUUUAAUGGAGAUAGUGCAGAAUGGCUAGCUUUCCUAACAGUAUACACCGAAACAUCUACCAUGUUUUCGGCAGUUCAGAAUAUGGCUCGACUAAGAAAAAGCAUCGUGGGACAAGCAAGAGAAGCAGUGAAAAAUAUAUUGUAUUCGGAUUCUCAACCCAAUGACGUCAUGGAAGCAUUAAGGAGAAGAUUCGGUAGAGCGGACUUAUUAGUCACAGCCGAAUUAGAUAAAUUAAGGGCGCUUCCUCGUGUUAGUGAAAAUGUACAAGAACUUAGUGCAUUCUCAUGUAAAGUCAACAACAGUGUGACAAGUAUCAAAGGGUUAAAGAAAAACAAGUACCUACACUCACCGGAAAUAGUGAAACAAAUCACAGAAAAAUUACCAGCGUUUAUUCAAUUUAGAUGGUGCGAUUAUAUCGCACAAUACGACGAAGAUGAACCUGAUCUCGAAAUAUUAGCCAACUUCCUGAACAAAGAAGCCGAUAGAAGUGUUGUGCUGCUAUCAAACGAAAAGAAGAAAGUGAUACAACCAAAGAGGCAGUCAGCACACGUAGCAGUUGAACAACCCAUGAGAAGGGGAAUUCAAUGUAUUCAAUGCAAAGGAGAUCACUAUUUUUCGGAAUGCAAAGAAUUGAAAAACGCAAGUAUCGACGAAAGGUGGGAAAUGGUAAAAAAGUUAAAAGUUUGCUUCAAUUGCCUAAGAGGACGACAUCGAAAAGAUGAUUGCAGGUCUAGACCCUGCCGACAAUGUAAGAGAUUACACCAUGCGCUUCUUCAUAAGGAAUAUAAGAAAGAAAACAGUACAUAUGAAAAGAAGAAAGAAGAAGCUGGUGUUACUGGAACUGUCAACACUUUGAAAACACCACAAGCGCUAUUGAAAAUAAUGCCCGUACUGCUAUACGGGCCAACGAAAUCUGUGAAAGUAUUAGCACUUCUGGAUGAAGGUUCGACAGUCACAUUGCUGGACGAAGCUACAGCAAAAGAAAUAGGAGCAACAGGACCGAAAGAAAUCCUUGCUCUAGAAACAGUUGGUGGAAAUACGAUAAGAAACACGGAUUCUGAAAGAAUCAAUUUGAAGAUUAAAGGCGUCCACCAACGGAAGAAAAUGAACAUAAAUAACGUGAGAACAAUUAAAGAAAUCCAGUUGUCACCGCAAACAGUGGAUAGGGCGAGAUUGGAAGCCUGUCCACACCUGAAGCCUCUUAUCGACAAAAUAUGUUACGAAGACAUGCCUCCGAAAAUGUUAAUAGGUCAGGACAAUUGGGAACUGAUCGUAUCGAGACACACUAGGAAACGCAAGAAGGACGAACCCGUUGCUUCAUUCACGAAGCUGGGAUGGGUAUUACAUGGUUGCGAUGGUGGGAUAACGAAACAAGUACAGUUUAUGAGAUGUGCGCAUCUGAAAAGUCAAGACGACAAUUUGGAUGCCAUAAUUAAAGAACACUUCGCAAUAGAAGCACUAGGUGUCACUGAAAGGAAGCCAUCGUCUGACAUUGAAGAGAGAGCAACAAAGAAAUUGGAAGAAGUCGUGCGAAAAGUUGCUGUCGAUAAAUACGAAGCGGGAUUAAUCUGGAAAGCGGAAGACGAAACUCUUCCAGACAAUCGAUCAACUGCGGAAAGCAGAAUGAGAAACUUAGAGAAAAAGUUGGAUAAAGAUCCUGAACUGAAAGCCGACUAUGAGAAACAGAUACAACAUUUAUUGGAUUCAGACUACGCAGAAGAAGCUCCGAAACAUAGUACAUCCACGAGAUUGUGGUACUUACCGCACUUCGCCGUCACUCACCCAACGAAAAAGAAAAAAAGGAUAGUAUUUGAUGCAGCAGCAAGAUCCAAUGGGAAGUGUCUGAACGACGCGCUCUUAUCUGGACCGGAUCUGCUACAAUCGUUAUGGGGUGUGUUAAUACGCUUUCGUCAAGGUCCUAUAGCAGUCGUAGCUGACAUUAAAGAGAUGUUCCUGCAAAUCCUCAUGAGAGAAGACGACAGAGAUAGUUUGCGAUUCUUAUGGAGAGGAGGCGACAGGACAGGACCAAUGAAGGAGUAUCGUCUUAAAACUGUGAUAUUCGGAGCGGCCUCAUCACCCAGUACAGCAAUAUUUGUGAAAAACAAAAACGCGAAAGACAACGGACAAGGGCACCAUGAGGCCAUCAAAGCGAUAGAAAAGAAUCAUUACAUGGACGAUUAUCUACAAAGUUUUUGGGAAGAGGAACAUGCGGUAGAAGUCGCCACGACAGUCGACGAAAUACAUAAGAAAGCAAGUUUCCAUUUAAGAGGAUGGGCAUCCAACCGUCCUAACGUAUUGAAAAGGAUCAACGGAGACAAUAGUCUGGAAAAAGAAUUAGGACUUGGUCAGCAAGAAGAGAAAACGCUCGGAAUGAAAUGGAAAGUACAAGAAGACUGCUUUUCAUUUCGAGUAGCAAUGAGAAACGUACCAAGGGAAAUUUUACGAGGAGAAAAGACCCCUACGAAAAGACAAGUGGUCAGCGCAAUCAUGUCAACAUUUGAUCCUUUGGGAUUAAUAGCUCCAGUUCUUAUUCAAGGUAAGAAACUAAUGCAGAAUAUCUGGAGAAGCGGAGUUGGAUGGGACACCGAAAUUUUGGCAUCAGAAGAAGACGAAUGGCGUAAAUACCUACAACAUAUGAAGACAAUAGAAGGGCUCACAAUAACACGAUGCAUCUCUCCUCACCACACCGAGGGAGAGCUACACGUCUUCACGGAUGCAAGCGAAACGUCCUAUGCAGCCUCAGCAUAUUGGAAAACGAUGGAAGAAGAUACGAAAACCUCGUUGAUCGCAGCAAAGAACAGGGUAACUCCUCUAAAACCGAUAUCCGUUCCAAGACUGGAACUUCAAGCAGCAUUGUUAGGUUGCAGACUAGCACGCGCAAUUGAAAAAGAAAUGGAUCUGACGGUAGUGAAAAAGACCUUUUGGACAGACUCAACGACGGUUCUUUCAUGGAUCAAAUCAGACCCGAGGACAUUUAAGACGUUCGUGGCACAUCGCUUGGCCGAAAUCGAAGAACUUUCGAAACCACAAGAUUGGAGAUGGGUACCGACAAACCAAAACCCGGCUGACGAUGCAACCAGGGAUGUGCCCGAAAACUUCAACGAAAGACACAGAUGGUUUGAAGGGCCUGAAUUCUUAAAACAAUCUGAGGAACAUUGGCCGAAGCCGAAAGAAAUCAAGAGAGAACCGCACGAAGAGGACAAGAAGAUUGAAAAAGUAGCAACAACGAGACAGAAAGAGUUUUCUACGCCAGAUCCGAAAAGAUUUUCAAGUUGGAAUAGACUCCUAAGGUCCACGGCAAGAGUGGUUCAAUUCAUCGAGAUAUUAAGAAAUAAUAAGCAUGAAAAAGAGAAAGUCAACGCGACUAAGAAAGAUGAACCAUGGAGGAAGAACAGGAAAAGGAAGAAGACUCCAAUUGUUCUAAAAAAGAUUUCAAAAGAGCAACAAAAACUCUUUAUUCCGUUGGAAACGCAUCAAUUAGCGAAAGCAGAGGCACUAUUGAUGCGACGAAGUCAAGACGAAAGUUUCAAAGCCGAAAUAGCUACGUUGAGAAAAGGUCAACAUUUAACGAAAAGUCAGAAGCUGCAUAAUUUAGAUAUAGUCGAAAUCGACGGAAUACUUCGAUUGAAAGGAAGAAUUAACGCCGUCGAAGGAACACAACAAGAGAAAAACCCGAUAGUAUUAGAUAAACGGGAUUGGAUAACGCGACUGCUUAUCCAACAUUACCACAAUGUGUUCCAUCACGGAAACCACGCUACUGUCAUCAACGAAUUAAGACAAAGAUACUGGAUCGUGGGAAUAAGAGCAGCAGUACGAUCAAUCGCGCACCUCUGUCAAUGGUGCAAAGUAAGAAAGUCCAUGCCGACGACUAUACCGAUGGGAGAUCUGCCUCCAGAAAGACUGUCUCACAACAGUCACCCGUUCACUUGCACAGCUGUAGAUUACUUCGGACCGAUGACCAUUACCAUUGGGAGAAGACAUGAAAAACGAUGGGGCGCACUGUUCACCUGUCUCACAACCAGAGCAGUGCACGUAGAGUUGGCUACAUCGCUGUCAACCGACUCCAUGAUCAUGGCCCUGAGAAGAUUCGCCGCGAGAAGAGGUAUGCCAAAAGUAAUCUAUAGUGACAAUGGUACUAAUUUUGUGGGUGCCAACAGAGAAUUGAAAGAAGCUGUAGAAGCAUUGAAGAAAGAAGAGGUAGAGGCAGCCGCGGACAACAUUGGCGUCAGGUGGAAAUUCAUACCGCCUGGUGCUCCGAACAUGGGAGGAGCGUGGGAGAGACUGGUACGGUCCGUUAAGACUUCGCUGACGGCCGUGCUCAAAGAGAAGAAUCCUUCAGAAGAGACGCUACACACUCUUCUGCUUGAGGUCGAGCACAUUAUCAAUUCUCGACCUCUCACCGAACUGGAAGACUACACCAAUCCAGAGUCACUCACGCCCAACCACUUCCUCAUUGGGCGAUCCUGCGGCGCGCCUAGGCUGGGCGCGUUCUCCGAUUCCGAUCUUGUCGGAAAACCUUCGUGGAAGACUUCGCAGCGGCUAGCGGACCACUUCUGGUCUCGCUGGCUGAAAGAAUAUCUUCCUGGCUUGCUGCCACGGAGGAACGUCGGCCAGCCAACCCGAGACAUCCGAUGUGGGGACAUCGUAGCAGUCCUGGAUCCUGCCUUACCGCGAGGCACGUGGCCUCGCGGGAGGGUAGUGCGCACGCUGCCGGGCCCCGACGACCGGACCAGAGUCGUUGAUGUGGCUACCGGUGGUGGCAUUCUGCGACGGCCAGCUUCGAAGCUAGUGGUGAUAGUGCCAGUGAAUAGUGAAAACAAAGCAGAGCAAAAGUGA